GCUAUUCAUCCAAUAGCAGGGCGCUCCCGGACUCGUGUACACCAGAGACACUUGGAUUGCACCUGAUGUAAACACGCCACUGCCGGACUUCCUCAGUCUGUAGAACACCCACCCCCGUUCCCCGACCCACAGCGAAGCCGAUAUGUCGGCGUCAGCGCACGCUUUUGUCAGCUGUGAAGUCACCCCCACCCACCGCCCCGUUUACAGCACGGCCGCUGCUGACUUUAUAAAGCCUUUCGAGUGGCCUAUAAUUCAUUUGGGAUGUGGACUCACAAAUGGAUCGCUCGCCCUGACUUCAGCUCAGCUCAAGGCAGAUGCACAGCAGCGAGUCUCUGGGGAGUGAGUGUCGGUCCCAGAGGAAUCUCAGCAUACUCCGAAGAGUCCCUGUGCAUAUCCAUGUGGAGUUCACUCCGUACACCCUCCGCUGGUUUAAUAAAUCCAGACUGAAGUCUUCCAUGAUGGCCACUUUAUUUCUGGGCCUGUUCCUGUUCUUGCUGCAGCCGGUAGCUGUGCCUUCCCGGCCGGUGUUUGAUCUGAGCCGGGUGCUGCCGCCUCCCGCCCUGCGCUACCUCGUGCAGAACAGCGCGGGCAGCGGCGAGCCGUUCCGGGAGGCGGUCUUCCCGAACGGGACCAUUCAGCGGCUGCCUCAGACCAUCAUCAUCGGGGUGAGGAAGGGCGGGACGCGGGCUCUGCUGGAAAUGCUGAACCUUCACCCGGAGGUCCGAGCCGCCGACAGCGAGAUUCACUUCUUCGACUGGGAAGGCAACUACGAGAAGGGCCUCCAGUGGUACAGCCGCCAAAUGCCCAUCUCUUACCCCCACCAGACCACGGUGGAAAAGACACCCGCCUACUUCACCUCACACAAAGUGCCUGAAAGGAUCUACAAAAUGAACCAAACUAUUCGCCUCCUGCUCAUACUGCGAGACCCAACCGAGAGAGUGAUAUCGGACUACACUCAGGUAUUGUUCAACAGGAUGCAAAAACACAAGCCCUUCCAGUCGGUGGAGGAGCUGCUGGUCCGAGGGGGCCGCAUCAACGUUGACUACAAGGCGAUCAACCGCAGCUUGUACUACAUCCAUCUGCAAAACUGGCUGAGGUACUUCCCGCUCAGCCAGAUCCACAUUGUGGACGGCGACCGGCUGAUCAGGGACCCCUUUCCGGAAAUGGAGAAAGUGGAGAAAUUCUUGAGGCUGUCGCCGCGGAUUAACAGGUCCAAUUUUUACUUCAACAAAACGAAGGGAUUUUACUGCCUCCGAGAUGGGGCCAGGGAGAGGUGCUUGCACGAGUCUAAAGGGAGAACGCACCCGCCAGUAGACUCCGCUGUGCUCAACAAGUUACACGGCUUCUUUAGUGAACCAAAUCGCAAAUUCUUCGACUUGGUUGGCAGAACAUUCGACUGGCAUUAAAUUAAUGUCUCUCUUUUCUAAAAUCCCAUGAUAUACAAUGUACAAAAUUAUUCUGAAAUAGUAAUUUAAGUGGAUUUCCUUAGAACGAGUAACUGUACAAUAUGGCAAGUAGACCAAUCUUUAUUCAGAGCUAGUUAUAUUUUUCUACAUUGUCGCAACAAUGGUGUAAAGCCCAGCUUCCCGAUGUGAGUCCUGUUUGUUUCAUUAGUUAUGUAACGGAACUGCAGAGAGACGCGGGGGUAUGUUUAAUGAAUGGGCGUGGAGAGAAGGGGACUGGAAUCGGUAUGAUUUGAUGUGUUUCGCCGGAAGGAAAGGCCGGGACCAUGUCGUUUAAUGUUGGAAUUCUAUAUAUCUAUAAUUCCUCUUUCAAUUAUGCAAGAAAAUAUUCCUUGCCCCCACCCCAAACAAGUGCAAUAUUUUGCUGGAGUCAUGUUAUUCACAAGAUGUUGUACAAACGCUGCUAUUGUCGGUAGCAUUAAGCACUUCCCACAACUGAAACAGGCUCUGCACCGAUGACAAGCGUUUGAUGGGGUCACCAUCCGACCGAGAGCGCCAUUUAUAUAUUUACUACUAGUUCCCACAGUUCUGCAGUUUUAUUUUGGGUUUAUUUAUUUACGCAGGAGAGCAGUAAAGAUGAACUUUGUUUUGUAUUGAGUAUCCAUGCAAUCUGGUUCUGGAUACUGUCAUUUUUUUGUAAACUACGGAUUUUCGGCUAAUAUUGUAUAAACUAGACCGUAAUCUAUGAAAUAAAGCAAAAGUGUUUGUUACAUUGA